AUGCUGAUCAACCAAUGCCUGCGCCUUCCAUUCCGCGCAAGAAUUGCGGCCUGUCAAGUCUGCCGCCUCACACUCAACUUUUCUGUUCAAAGGAACUUCAACAGUGAUGCAGCUGCGGGACACAAUGGCAAUGGACCUGCUCCUACCGUGGCCAUCGUUGGCUCUGGGCCUGCCGGCUUCUACACGGCCCAGAAGCUGUUGCGAGACAUCCGGGGAACGAGGAUAGACAUGUACGAACAACUUCCUGUCCCUUUUGGACUCGUCAGGUUCGGAGUCGCUCCAGAUCAUCCAGAGAAUGUCCAAGAGACCUUUCAAGCUAUCGCUGAAUCCCCUGACUUUACCUUCAUCGGAAACGUCAAUCUUGGCCACGAUCUCCCGCUGCCGCUUCUCGCUAGACACUACGACGCAAUUGUCUUUGCGUACGGCGCAUCCAAAGACCGCAAAAUCGGGCUGGAAGGGGAAGACAAGCCUCACAUCUACUCCGCUCGCGCUUUUGUGGGCUGGUAUAAUGGUCUUCCCGAAUACCGAGAACUUGGCCCUAAUUUAACGGCCGGAGACACCGCCGUGAUUGUUGGGCAAGGAAAUGUGGCAUUGGAUGUGGCCAGAACACUGCUGAGCAGCGUUGAUGUGCUGAGGCAGACCGAUAUCACUGAAUAUGCUUUGGAUGCGCUUUCCGCUAGCAAUAUCAAGCAUGUUCAUGUGGUGGGUCGACGAGGUCCUAUGCAGGCUGCAUUCACAAUCAAGGAAGUGCGGGAGCUUUUACACCUCGAAGAUGUGAACUUUAGGUCUAUACCAGACGAACUCUUCCCCCCCGACCUGUCAAAGUUGCCCCGCCCAAAAAGGCGCCUAAUGGAACUUUUGAAGAAGGGUAGUCCGUUGAGGGAAAAUGCGACAAAAUCGUGGUCUUUGGACUUUCUACUUGCCCCAAAGUCACUGAAAUGGUCUGAUUCAAACCCCGAGAAACUGGAAGGGGUGGUGUUCUCAAAAACGAAACUCGAGAACCCGGCGGAUCCAGAAUCUAAAAUCGGCACUACGAAUGAAACACAGCUAAUACCCACAUCGACACUGUUCCGAUCAAUUGGAUACAAAGCCGAGGCGAUCCCUGGAAUGGCAGAAUUAGGCGUCGAAUUCGACGAGCGGAAAGGAACGAUUCGGCAUGAUGGAUUUGGACGAGUCGUGCCUCUGGAGAACAACGAAGCAUCGGGACACGAAGCGAGCAUCUACUGUUCUGGCUGGGUGAAGCGUGGUCCAACGGGUGUGAUCGCCAGUACCAUGGCCGAUGCUUUCCAAACUGCAGAAGCGAUCGUGGAGGACUGGAAGAGGAGGGCGCAACACCUUGUAGGCUCUGCUGGGAGUCAAGAUGGUUGGAAGGGCGUCCAGGCCGAGGCUGUUAGUUAUAGCUUGCCACUCAGACCGAUCCAUUGGGACAGCUGGGAGAAAAUCGACCAAGUGGAGAAGAAGAUCGGGAAGCAAAAGGGGAAGCCGCGAGAGAAGCUUGGGAGUGUUAAGGAGAUGUUGGCUGUGAGCGGCAAAUAA